UAGGUGGCAAUGGGAAAGAAGGGCAUCCUAGAACGGUUGGCUGAGGGGCCAGUGAUAGGAGAUGGGAGCUAUGUCAUUACACUAGAAAAAAGGGGCUAUGUAAAGGCAGGGCCAUUUACACCAGAGGCUGCUAUUGAAUAUCCAGAUGCAGUUCGGCAACUGCAUAGAGAUUUUCUGCGAGCAGGAGCAGAUGUACUGCAGGCUUUUACUUUUUACUCAACUGAUGGGAAACUUAGCACUUCUGAGGGAGGAAAAGUAUUUACAUCUGCAGAUCUUAACCAGUCUGCAUGUGAUAUUGUUUGGGAGGUGGCGAAAACCAAGCCAGACACUCUGGUUUGUGGAGGCGUCUCUCCCACUCCAUGCUAUACCCAAGGGAAGGGUAAAGCUGCUGUUCAGAAACAGUUUCAAAACCAGUGUGAGAUCUUUGUCAAAAAUAAAGUAGAUUUUCUGCUGGGUGAGUUUUUUGGCCAUGUGGAGGAGGCAGAAUGGGCCAUUGAAGCAAUGAAGACUUGUGGUAUGCCAGUGGCUUGUACGCUCAGAAUUGGGCCUCGCGGGGAUUUGGAUGGUGUUUCAGCUGGAGAAUGUGCUGUCAGAAUGGCCCGAGCAGGGUGUGACAUAGUGGGCCUCAACUGCUCCUUUGACUUCCACACAGAACUUAAAACAAUCAAGAUCAUGAAGGAUGCUUUGGCUGCCGAGGGCUUGACACCAUAUCUUAUGACCCAGCCUGUUGGAUAUCACCUUCCCGAGGUGGAGAAUAGCAUUGUAGGUUACUAUGAUCUCCCGGAGUAUCCUCUAGCCCUGGAACCUCGUUUGCUGGUGCGUUUUGACUGUCGUGAGUAUGCUCGCAAAGCCUAUGAGCUUGGCGUACGUUACAUAGGAGGUUGCUGUGGAUUUGAGCCCUACCAUAUGAGGGAGGUUGCAGAAGAACUGGCUCCAGAAAGGGGUGGAAUCAGACCACCAGGAGCUGACAAAAAUUCUAACUGGGGAGAUGCCUUGGCAGAGUCCACUAUAACACCUCAUGUAGCAAUAAGGCACACUAAAGAAUACUGGGAGAGGGUGAUCCCAGCUUCAGGAAGACCAGGUGGGCGUCUGACCAAUGAACUUGUUGCCUACGAAGGUCAACUGAAAUAAGAGAGAAAACUUUAACAGAAGAGCUUCCAGUGUCAUUUGACAACUAACAUUGCAAUCUAUUCAUGUUCAAUCAAUAAAGAUAAAACUGUUGAUGUUUUAAAUGUAUUGCAAAAUGUAACUGUUACACAAGAUUAAUCCCUGUAGAAAAAUGUUGAUGAUAGAAAAAUUGGAUGCAGUCAAAUUGUUCCAUGGAUCAUUCUUAAAAUUUAAUACUACUAGUAUUAACCACUGUUUGAUUUUUUAAUAACUUCAGUAAAUGUGCAUUUUUUUUA